AUUGAGUCAAAGAGUCAGAAGAGUAACUUCAAAGAACAGCAUUCAAACCUGAAACAUACAACUCUGAAAUUUGAGAAUUUUAUUCGAGAUGAAUUGGAGAAAUUGGCGUUGCAUUGCGAGGAUUAACAGGUCCGCUAGAGAGAUUUCGAGAAUCGAUUCCUCAUUGUACUGCGUAAAAAGAAAUCAUCAAAAUGGUGUUUUCAAUGGCGAAAAGGUUCAAGUCCUUGGAGGUUUGCCGUCUCCGGCGAAGUCCAGUGGCUCAAUGGCUGGGGAUUCAGGUUUUCAAGAAAGUUUGAUCGGAUCAAGAAAACCGUUUUGGGGAUUUAGGUUACUGAGUUUCUUUGGAGCGAAUUAUCUUCAAUCGAAACCGAAUUCUUUGAUCGUGUCUCGUCAAUUUGGAAAGAAUGUUGGGGACGAUUCUCGCUUGGAGAGAGGCUUUCUUGUACAGCUCUGGGUUGCAGAUAGCAAAAUGGAGGAUUCCAAAAGGAAAAGGGGAAGAAAACGGGUCUACGGGCAUCGUGGUCCACCGACAUACGACAACCAUCGUCUUGGCAGAUGGUUUUCAGGUUCAUCUGUUGCUGAAGAGAGUGAAGGAGUUAUGCAACAACCACCUCUUAGCCAAUCGGUUUCUGGUUUUCUGAGGCCAGAAUCUCCAGAAGAGGCCCGGGUAGCACCUCUUCUUUCAAGAUCAAAUUUGCUGAUUACUAGGGAUAUAGAGUGGGCAAAUCUUGUCCUUGGUUUUGAGCAGGAAAACCGGUAUGCAAUUGUAGAUGUGUGCUAUCCCCAAGCACCUGUAGGUUUUAUUCGUGAGCAGAGCAAUGUUAUUGCCAGACAGUUUCUCCGCUUGAGGCGUCCUUUUGUUGCUUACAUAACUGAUGCAAUGGGUAACGAGCUCUUUAGGGUUCGAAGGCCUUUUUGGUGGAUAACCAGCUCAAUAUACACAGAGAUCAAUGGUAAGGAAGUUGGCGUGGUUCACAGACGAUGGCAUUUGUGGAGGAGGAUUUAUGAUUUAUAUCUAGGGAACAAGCAGUUUGCGGUGGUUGAAAAUCCUGGCUUGUGGAAUUGGACUUUUACUUUAAAGGACAUUGAUGGCAAAGUUCUGGCUGAGAUAGAUCGUGACUGGAGAGGCUUUGGCUUUGAGCUUUUUACUGAUGCUGGUCAAUAUGUGAUCCGCUUUGGUAGUUCAGAUCCAAGCUCCAAGACUGGACGUGCUAGAGCGGUCCAAGAUUUGGAAGUGACCCGUCCUCUAACAUUAUCGGAGAGAGCUGUGGCUGUUGCUCUUGCCAUAUCAUUGGAUAAUGACUAUUUCUCAAGACACGGUGGCUGGGGAUUACCUUUGGUAGCUGUCGGCGAGUAGAUCCGGUUUAAUGUACAGAUGAGCGUACACAUGUUUCUUCUUUCCUUUUCGUUAUUGCACGACUCUCAAUUCAAAUUCAAACCUUGGGCGAGCAACAAAUAUUUCUAUGGAAUCAUGAAUGGCGUUUUGUUGUUGUUGUUGGAGAACCAGAUUUGUAAGACAAUCAAAUGCUAACAUCUUUCGACUCUUGAUUGUACUGUUCAAAGGAAUGUUCAACUUUUUGGAGCCAAAUACGAGGAAGUUAUAGAUGAAUUCAGAAAGGCAAUGUAAAGUUUCUUUGAAGAGGAAUAACAACUUGUGAUACUAUCAUUUUGUUAAAAGUUUCCUACUCUGUUUCUCGGUUUGUAUUCCAGCACAUGGAUGGUAGUGUUGCCAGUGAUACGCUCCUAACCUAAAAUUAACGAC